AUGCUAUGCGUGCUCUCUGAGGUUGCUGGACCAAAGGGCAUUACAUGCUCCGACUUCAUUUCCACCCAAAAAUUAUCGUUACUUGUAACUGCAACAGUUGAAAGUGUCAAUUUUUAUGCGGUUCAAAAAGACCAAAAUUUCGUCCUUGUUGACAGUAUAAGGACAGAACUGCCAAUAUGGGCAAUGGCUCAUUCCGGUACUCUUCUAGCGCUUUUGACAAGAGACUUUAGGCUUCUUUUUCUCGACUUAAAUGAUGGUCUCAAAUGUAGGAAGAACAUCAAAUUGGACCAACGUGGACAACAGCAAUGCCUUGAUGGAAAGGCUACGAUUGUUGCGCUCGACGGAUGUUUCUUAUUUCAUUGUUUUCAAAACGUCGUGCUGAUCGUUUCUAUAGAAGAUCAGCCACUUGCCAGAAAGAGGGGCCGCACAACCGAAGGCUACACUUUACGUUCUUUUUCUAUUGGAAGCGUCCUGGUUCGGAGUAUACGAGCUUUGCUGGACAACUCAAAGGAUAACAUUGUGGCUAUUUUGUACAGAGACUAUAAUCUCAAUUUUUCACUCCGUUAUUACGAAGUGAAUCAUGCUCUGAAUAAGUUCAAAAUGGUGAAACAAUUUAGAGAGUUUGCCGAGCCUAUCGACCAAAUAAUGACACCAGAAGUGGGAGGGGUAGUUGUGUUCUCCACAAAACAUGUAUUCUACUUCCCGAGUCCUCAUAUAUCAUAUCUUGAACUCACUAACGAUUCUCGAGACCCAAAAAUAUCAGUGAGUUAUGAUAACCAAACUAUCACAUCUUCACUAUCAACUACCAUUGACAACAUCCUGUGCUGUACAAACAUAGAUUUUUCAAGGUCGUUGCUUAUUUCCAAUAAGGGCACUGCCUAUGUGUUACUUUUACAAGCCAUCAGUCAAAGAGAUUCAGUUGCGGUCCUGUCCCUCGAUCUUGUGGAACUAGGAAAAACCACCGUACCAACUAGUGUCCACCACUUGACUGGGAGCCUUUUCUUUGCAUCAUCCAGAUUAUCUCAAUCACUAUUUUUCAACGUUCGGGUUUCUGCCCCUCAUAUUACCGUUCAGAAGUUCAUGCCAUCGUCUCCACCUAUACUUGAUAUAAGUCUUGCAAAAACCAAAAGCAAAUUACAACUUUUGACUUGUCAAGGAGGCACGAAUAGCGGAGAAUUACGACAAUUUCUGGAUGCAACAGUCCUGCUCAAGUCCAAAGAAGAUCCUAUUAAUGUAGGAAAGAAUGCCAAUAGACUCUUGAAGAUUUUUGAUGAUGGGACGAAAUGCAUAUAUGGUGUUUACGAUGUACUAGGGGAGAUGAUAGAAACAGUUCAAUCUGAAAAAGGUGAGAGUGGGUGGCUGAUAGCAACCGGAACCACAAACUUGAGCCAGAUAGCAACGUCUGAGUUUCCGGUAAUUACCAGGAAACAGAUCUUUGACGAAUCUGGGGAGACACAAGUUUCUGUCGUUAAAAGCAAGCUCUUGGCCAAUGGAGCAUAUGCGUAUAUUGCCCAGGGAGGGCAAUUGGUUCUCAAGCACAAUGGUAAAUUCCACCACUCAAAGCAGCUUGGUGACCAGGAAAUCUCUCUGUUUGAUGUCCAAGAUUUAGGAGAUUCUCAUUAUAUCCUCUUGGUGUGUUUCUGGGACGGUUCAUUUUGUUUUCUUGAAGCUGAUUCCGAAGACUUCGAAACAUGCUACAGCAGUAAAUUCUCCAGCGGGCAUGGAAUAGCAGAUUGUGCCUUGGUCUACGAUAAGUAUCGAGACAAACGGACUAUCUGGGCAAUCAUCACAUCAGCCCAAGGAGAUCUAAUUCAAAUCAAUAUCGAUUGGGCCAAAGGUACUCCCCGAGACUCUAAGACUGUCGUUUCAAAUUUGGGAACAUUUCCAUUAUCUAUUGCAAGUGGAAGCAAUUUCACUGUAUUGUAUCACGAGGAUGUGGCAUUCUACCUCCAUUUUGAUGAAGCGACGGAAUUUUUUUUUCCUUGUCCUCUACUCAAGGAUCAAGAUAUUUGCUUCACGGACGUGCACAUUUUAAGCUCUAAAAGUCUUGCAGUACUCUUUGGGUCAAAAGUGUUCAUUUUCUCGGCCGUGACUGAUAAAGCUGCGUUUCCCAUACGUACCUUGUUCAGCGACCAUUUGUGUAUAAAGAUACUAAGUGUCACUGAGCGGUCUUCCAUAGUACUCUGCAGAGAGUACCAAACAAAUGAUCAGCUGUUCUUUUUAAAGUUGGUGGAUACCGUCAGCAUGAGCGAGCUUCAUCGAUUGCCAGUUGGUAGCGACCAAGUUGUCGACAUAAUCUCGUUACCAGGCGCUAGUGAUAUACCCAGAAACUCAUUUGCAGUGCUUCAAAACUCCCGCGAUAACGACAUCAUCAAGUGUUACAGAUUGAAGAAGAAUCGAAUCAUAGAAAUGACAUCGAUUGUCGAGGGAAUCAUAGAUUCAUCAAGACUAACGCUAGACUCUGUUGCAUUAUUGAAUGCCGAUGAGCUAACGUUUGUGUUGUCAGGGAACCUCAAUUUUGCGGCUAGGUUGACACCCAACGAAAAUAAGUUUAUCUGGGAGAUAAUCGAACCGUCAGUUGCUCAGAGUCGAGGUUUCACACAAGUAAGCGCCAUAGACGAUGUGGCAAUUUUUGGAGAUUUGUCCCGAGGAAUCACCUUAUCUCGGUCCACCUAUAGCGAAGGUGAUGAAACAACCUUGAACACCACCUCUUUUCCCAUUAAACUUGAGUACGAACCCUGGUUCCUCAGUGCUCUCGAGGCGUACAAACUUGAUGGUGGUACGCAUUUUUUUCUUGGAGAUUCAACGGGGAACUUUUCAAGCAAUACUGUGGAAGAAAAUUCCGUAUCGACAUCAUAUGCAUUCAAUAUUGGCCAACCAAUCAAUGUUCUCAGGGCCCUUCCCUCUUCCCAAACGGUGUCAGAAGAAGGUGCAAUUUGGCCAGUUAUUGAGCCACUUGUGCACCAAACGGGCAUAGUAGGAACCUCAGAUGGGGGAAUAUACUGUGUUUCCCAUCUCAUCAGCGAUGAAACGUUGGACGAUUUGCAACCAACGUUACUCAAGUGCCAAGCAGAGCUUGUUGCAAACCAAGAAGUGCUUGAGACUCUGGCAACAAAGGGAGCAAAAUUCGCUGCCUGGACCUCGAAACGAGACUGGACUCAUUUGAGGAUUGACGAUAAAGGCAACAACUACUCCAAACCUCAUACUGGACUUCUUGACAGCAUAAUCAUGAGAAGAUGGCUCGAGCUCGAUAGUAAUCUUCGAGCUUAUGACCAGCGAGGAAUUGCCUCAGAAGAAGCUUUAAGGUCUUUGAAGGAGGCACUCAAAACAUGCUACAAGAACAAACCUUUGAUUCAAAGACUCGUCUACGAAGCUACCUUCAGAUGUACAUAG